AUGGUCCAUGGCAAAUCCUUCAUUACAUGGGACGGAAUUAACCUGUCUACCUUAACAUUUACUAUCCUGGAAGGCCUACAGCAAGGAACUGUAACAUCACCAAUCCUUUUCAUAAUAUACACCUCUUCAAUUCUAAAUAUAUUGGGACUAAAUUCAGGUAAUAAUUCACACUCUGGAGUAUACGCUGACGAUGAAGUAGCUUACGUCGCAGAUUCCAAGAUACCAAUUAUCCAGGACAGACUCACCAAAAUAGUAAACGAAAAAUAUAAAACCUAUAAACUUUGGAAUCUUAAAAUGAAUCCAGAAAAAAGUGUAACCAUCUUAUUUAGAAAAACAGUUAACGAAAUAACACCACCUACAGUUCGUUUAAUUAAGACUUUCCAGAUCACGGUAACGGACAAAGAUACAGGCGAGGAAUUUCCUAUUCCAAACCAAAAAGUCAAAUACCUUGGAAUAAAUUUCGAUUACCUGCUGCGUAUGAAUAAACAUCAUACAAUCCAACUAAACAAAGCGAAGAAAGCAUUCAGAGCAAACUCAAGGAUCUUUUGUGACAGAAAUAUCGAUUCCAAAGCCAAAUUAAUAUGCUACCAGCUCUUAGUAAGACCAAUAAUGUCUUAUGCUGCACCCAUUUGGUGGAACAUAGGACCAUCUGUAAUGGAGAAAUACAGGAAAUUUGAAAGAUCGUGCUUAAAAAAAUGUCUUGGAAGAUAUAGAUCACCUGAAUCCAAUUACCUCAAAUACCUGAGUAACAAAGAAAUAUAUAAUUUAGCAAACAUACCAAGAUUCGAUAAUUUCUGCCUAACGCUAACCAGAAAUUAUUUUAGUACAAUCAAUGAAAUUGACAAUAACAUAAUUAAAAAUCUAAAAAUUGAAAAUAUUGAACUUAUAAAAAGAAUGACAAAAAGUAAUUAUUCUCCUCCUGAGAUCUUCACCAAUCUUGACCGACAGGGAUGUAUGCAAGACGGGAACAACGUGCCAAUAAUUUAUCACAUCAGAAGACACUGCGCCAAGAAAGCAAUUUUUACAGAGCUGGACAACAUUCCAGCUGAAUCCAUUGUAUACUCGAAGGCUCUCCCUGCUAGAGACAAGGACAGCCUGGAAAGGUUAUCAGAAAAAUAUUGGUGGCUUCAGGGCGAAGCCAAACAUUUGGACGAGAUACGUAGAAGAGCCAGGCACAAACAACAACAAAUUCAACGACGACAAAGAGACAGAUGUCAAGCAAGACGACGACACAGACAUCGUCAAUAA